GAGAUCACGCAGGAGUGGCAUCAUCCCAGAGUGGAGAGGUCUACCCCGAUCUUCACUCUCUCACUCCCCCUCCCAUUCUCUUUCGGCAUCUCUCACCGAUCCCACCACAGUGUAGUAAAGCGGAUAGGCAGCUAAACAAACAGCGAAAUCUUUUCAGUGAAGACCGCGACAGAGCUCAGAGCUCAUCUGUUCCCAGCCCCUGUUUCCUGCGACAAGUGGGUUUCACCAAAGCUUAAGCAUCAGGACACUUGAAGUCUGCAGACCUGGUCUGGCGAUCACACCUGAUCCACUGCACAAGACGACAUCUUAUCAACGUAGCGUCAAAGGAGGGAAAGCAGAUUCAACAGAGAGGAUUCCAGCAGUUGUCUUUCAAGUCAAAAUCAGCGUGCAAAAUAUAUCAGACACGGUCUCAGCUAUACUGGAUAUGAGCAAAAAUGGCUCUGCAAGAAACUAUGACAAGUCAACAGUUUUGACAGCCCAAAAGAAAAUCAAUUUUUUGCAUAUGUGAAAAAUCUGUAUUCUCAAUAGUGGACUCGCAUAAGAAUCCAACCUUGUUUGCCUUUAUUUUAAAAUAACCCUUCCUCACCACUCCCAUCAUGAAGAGUUUAUUGACUGCCCUCACUCCUUCCUUUACCACCCUCCUCUUCCUUCCCUUUUUCAUGCUCUUAUGCCCGCCAGCAUUGGUCAGAGGUGACUGCUGGCUCAUCGAGGGGGAUAAAGGCUAUGUGUGGUUGGCCAUCUGCAGCCAGAAUCAGCCACCAUAUGAGACAAUCCCACAGCACAUCAACAACACAGUACAUGACUUGCGACUUAAUGAGAACAAGAUCAAAGCGAUUUUUUUCACCUCCUUGAGUCGCUUCACGAAUCUCACCGACCUCAACCUCACCAAGAAUGAGAUCUCAUACAUCGAAGAUGGUGCUUUUGCAAGCCAAGCAAAUCUACAGGUGUUGCAACUUGGAUAUAACAAGCUAACCAACCUGACUGAAGGUAUGUUGCGAGGUCUGGGACGUAUGCAAUUUCUUUUCUUUCAGCACAAUCUCAUAGAAGUCAUUGCCACCAAUGCAUUCUGGGAGUGCCCCAGCCUCAGCAACCUAGACUUGUCAUCGAACAAGCUUGCCCGGUUAGACCCAUCUACUUUCACUGUGUUAGGCAGACUCAUGGGAUGUGAGCUAGCCGGAAACCCUUUCCAUUGUGGCUGUGAGCUCUACAGCUUCCUCACCUGGUUAGAGGCUUUCAACAAUGUUACACACACCUAUGAUCGACUUCAGUGCGAGACCCCACGGGAGCUGUUUGGCUAUCCAUUGCUAAGUCCUGUGGCUGGGCAUGGAAGGAGUGCUCGCUAUAUCCUUUCCUCUGUUUGUCGGGAUGGGGUGCUAAUUCCAGGGAUGACAUCUCUGCCACCUGAUCCUGAUUAUUCUGGCAUGGGUCCUGGCAUGUUUGACCACAUUGGACCAUCCCAUCAGCCUACAACUUCUUCCUCAUCUGACAAUGCAUUUAGUCCAAGCAUCAAACUGCAGCAUGUGUCUCUCUCCUCUGCAUCCCUUCUGAUCCAGAUUCCAAGGCCAUACAGCAAGAUGUACAUCCUGGUGCAGUAUAAUCAGAGCUUUGUGUCAGAUGUGAUGAAAUUAACAAAUAAAAAGGAAAUGAUCACCCUUAAUAAGCUCAAACCAAACACCAACUACACCUUCUGUGUGGCUUCUAUACGCAACUCACAGCGCUACAACCACACUUGUUUGUCCUUUUCUACCAGAGCUCCAAAUCCAGAUGACUUGAUGCCUCCACCCUCCACGACCACCCACUACAUCAUGACAAUUGUUGGCUGUCUCUUUGGAAUGCUGAUUGUUCUCGGGUUUGUCUACUACUGCUUGCGAAGACGACGCCGACACGAGGAGAAAGAGAAAUCCAUUUGUGUGAAGAAGACCAUUCUGGAAAUGAGAUACGGACCAGAGGUGGCUGCAGCAGUUGCAAAUGACCCUUCAGCUGUCCAGAAACUUCAUGAGCAAAGCCACCAUCAGCAUCACCAUGGCAAACUACCCAUGUCCUCCUCAUCUAGUUCUGCCAUGCAUGGCCAUGUUUCUGCCAACACUAGUUCCUCACGAUUGUCCUCCAUCCCUCAAGUAGAGAAGAUGGCAACUGCCUUCUCAGAAGCCAUGGCCACUAAGGGCAACUAUAUGGAUAUUAGGACCUCUAUAGGAGUAGACGAAAGGGGGAGAGAUGGAGCUGUGGUACAUGGUAUUCGGGAGGAAGACCUCAGGGGGGAUGAUGGAAGCGACCUGGGUGAUGAUUCAGAUGAUGAUGGCCGUGGAUCAGCUUCUGAGAUUUCAACAAUUGCAAUGGAGGUUGACAAGGUCAACCAGAUAAUUAACAACUGCAUUGAUGCCCUAAAGCUGGACUCUGUUGGAACUUCUACUGUUUCCACCACAGCAAGUGGUCCCACCUCACCCCCACCUACCUCUACCUCCUCCCUGACCAGAGGACUGAUUCCCAUUUCUACCAGUGUCAGUGAUACUUGCCAAGUCCUUCCUUCCCCAAAAAUUCCUCCUCCACCCCCUCUUCCCUUCACAGCUCCACUGUCCGAGAGACCUGGGAUCACAGGGGGCGGCUUUGUGUCACCGCCAUACCGUCCGCCUCCCCCAGCUUCUGCAGUGAGGCCUAUUCAAAGACAGAUGAGUGCCGAUGCAGCUGUCAUCGUCUCUUCUUCCAAGAGGCACUGCCGCCCUUCCAGUGGGAAAGGUCGUGUUUACAGCCUAGAUGUUCCAGAACCCCACAGCCCAGAUCCCUGCCAGUAUCCAGACAAGGGCAGCCCACUGGGGUGCAGUGAGCCAAUGGAGAGGCUCCCUUUAGUAGGUAGUGGUGGAGGUGGUGGCUGUAGCAUUGAUGGUGGUACUGUAGAUGGGAUGGGCCUUCAGCAACACCUGGAGGUGCACCCAGACUACCACUGUGCAGAGCAUCGUCAUUCAGUCCCUGCCCUUUACUAUGAGGGUUUCCAUGACUCUCCAGCCCAAAGGGUCUCUUUUCUCAAGCCUCUGUCACGCACCAAGAGAGACGCUGCUUCCUACUCUCAGCUCUCUCCCCGUCACCACAAUUACUCUGGCUACUCCUCGAGUCCAGAGUACUCCUCCGAGAACACAUUGCGCAUUUGGGAGCGCUUCCGUCCCCAUAGAAAGGGUCCACGCGAGGAGUCCUGUUAUGUAACAGCCGGAAAUGCCUUGCGCAAAAAGGUCCAGUUUGCCAAGGGGGAGGACUUGCAUGACAUCCUUGACUACUGGAAGGGUGUGUCGGCACAGCAAAAGCUGUAAUCUAUGCGACUGCGUGGAAGCACAAGGUCUCCUUCACUGCCUGAUAAACCGAAAGAGCGACUAUAGUGAGAAGUCAGGUUAUGGAUGCAGUGUACGAAACAGAGCCAAGUUUGUCAGGAUUUGAAGACAAGACAUUUUAAUCUGUUUUUGUACAGUGAGCCAGAAAGAGAGUAAAAAAGCCUGAGGAUACACUACAUACAUACGAUAACAUUUAGAGAUGUAAUUUGGAGCAUUGUCCAUUGUCCUACUCAGUGAAAAAGGUCAGAUGGGCUUAUCAUUUGUCAACAAUUGAAAUAAUUGUAUUUUACUCAGUAUUCAUCUGUGUAUUCAUCGUUCAUAUCAAUGGUGAGACCUAUGUAACCUGAGUCCUUCGUACAGCCUGAGACAGAAUCUCUGUUUAUACUCCCACUCGAAUCACAGGCCAUCACAUUCAUUUGUUAGGCGGGAAUGUGUAUGAGUGUAUGUUUUAGGAGGAUAAAAUGAUGUGCUGAUUUUCUACAAACCUGUCAAAAGCAGUUUCUCCCUUCCAUAUUGCAGAGACUAUGCACAGAGCAACCACAUUUACAUUUCAAUAGCACUCCUCAUGUGAAAAAUAAAGGAAUGGAGGGAAGGGAAAGAUAAAAAAUGAAACAGAAGAAUCUCCCUGGGGAGCUUUGGAAUAGUCAGCCGUGUUUGGCAGCUGCUUGCUGUGCUGAGCAGGAUGACAUAAAUAGUGCAAGGGGUGCUAGAGAAAAUACUGUAGAUUUACUAGGGUCUGUGGAAAAUGCGUAGAUCUGUGUUGUAGUUUAAACAGACAUAGCUCUGUGCAUCUCUCAUCACUGAUGCAUUAUUAAUAGCAUUUCCUUAUCAGAGGUUACCUUGUCACCUGUAUCACAGCAUGAGCACAAAGUGGCUGUUGGCAGCAGAAAUGUAUGUAUUCUGUUCCUCUGCCCUAAGGUCAGUUUAUUUAGUCAACUAAUUGGCUUUUGGAAGCCUGUUGCUGACAGCUGAGACAUUCAACAGGCAAAGUGACCUUGACCCUUUUAAACUGAUGCUUUAUAUGACAUGUUUCUCCAGGCUUUUUUUUGUUUGUUUAUUUAUUUAGUGGGGUGGGGGUAUUAUCCGUGAUGCUGCCAUUGAGAUUAUGACAGAAGGAGCAAGAAUUAAAUUAUAUAAAAAAUUACAAAUAAUGUAUUUUUAAUGAGUAGAUAUUUUAUGCUCUUUUUAUCACCUACCGACCUUGGGAUUCAAGCUCUUCCUACUUAUUGGACUUUUCAUCUCAUAAUACAUUAUUAAUGGUAUGAUUUACUGUAACAAAUGACAAAUAUUAUUAAAUCCAGCACCUCUGUCAGACAUUAUUUUAUUAAUGUCCAGUUAUAUAAGACUAACUAAUUAGCAAUUAACCAAGGCUAUAUCCUUUAGUGUGCAAAGGUAAGCAGCCAAGACCUCCAAUUUGAUUAAAAUAGAUCACUCUUUCUUCUUCUCUCAGAAACCACAUUCAGUCUACAGUUCCACUGCCCAGUAAACCAAACAAAUUAGAUUAGUGGCACUGUGGGAAAAUAUACAUCAGUUUCCAAUGCACUCUCAUAUUGUAAGUAUGAAGUGACAGGUGAGACAUCCAAUGGGCACAUGAAAUAAAAUGAAUGGCAUUUACUCAGUGAAGUAUAAUUAUACUCCCACCCCUAAAUACAUGGCUUAAGGGGAUAGUUUUAAAAUUCUGGAUUCAGUCUUGUGUUGUUCCAAAACUGUAUGACUUACUUUCUUCUUCAGAACACAAGAGGUGACAUUUUGAACUGACUGUUUUCCAUACAUACACAAUAAACUGAGCUUUCAGUGGACUGAGCUUUCAAACUUCAAAAAGGACACAAAAGUCUGUUUCUCAAAGCUAUUGUGUGUCCUCAGAAGACUUGGAAUGUAGCAUACGAGCCACAUAAAACACUUUCAUGACACUUUCAUGCUUUUGCAUCCUUUUUGGAGCUUAAAAGCUGCGUCAUGAUUCAUUAUAAUUCCAUGGAGAAGAGCAUGGGAAACUUUUCAGAAUUCACAAUUCAUAUGGGUUUUUCUGAGAACUUAUUAACAACUUUUCUCACAGGCAUUUGACAUCACUACUGGUGAAACAUGUCUGAGAUGACCCAAUUGAAAAUCAUGAGAUAAAUUAGAUAGAAACAGUUCAUAUGGGGUUUAGCAUUAGCCAGCAAACCCCUUUAUUUUACCCCAUUUUUUCAGAAUCAGGUGUUUAUGUGCCUUCAGUAAAAAGGUCCAUUAUUUGUUGCAGUACCACAUAAAGAGCUGUUCAUGAUUUGUAUGCUGUGUGGUCAUUUUCUGUAAAUCCCUUUAUUUAAUAAGGGGUUCACUGUACAUGCAUUUAUAUACCAUCUUUCUUACCAUUUCUCUCGAUUAAGGUUUCUCAUUGUAAAUAUGUGAUAGAUAGCCUACCUGCCAACAUUUGACAUACAGUACACUCAGGCACAAUAAAUCUUUUUCUCUCUUUUUUCCGGGGGCUUUAAAAAAUCAGUCCAAGGUGUACAACAACAGGUUGUUUAUAGGAUGCUUAAUGGUUUACACAAGGAGGAGCAGCAGCAGCUAUAACAUAUGUGGAUUAUGAGGGGACUAUUUGUGUACUUGAAUACAUUACAGAGAGAUAAAUUGGACCAUAACUGGACAAGCCGUUUUCGGGCAAUAGAAAUUGACCCACGAAAGACUGCUACCGGAGGCUUACUGUGACAUUUUCCUUACUUUACAAACUUGAUUUUAAAACCGCUUGGACUGGUCUGAAGGAACUAACCAUGAAAGCUCAAUCAUAAAUGACUUUGCUUUUAUAACAGUAAAAUCUGAUGCCCAGCUUUGUUUUUAGAUCUGGUUUUUAUUGUGCAUCCCCUCAUUGACAAAGAAGAAAAGAACUUUGCACUCUUGUACAAAUGCUUGUCAAACAUUUUUGCUGUGAAUUCAAAGUUGAGUAACAAAAGAGGGAAGUAAUAAUACUAUUGGCAUGGCAUCUGAAAGAUUUUCUGUUAUCUAUUAUUUGUUUAACAAAAUGUGUACUUGCUGCAUUUCUUUUCAUACUUUGCUUGGGAGUAAGACUGUGGUUUUCUUUUUUCUCUUUUCUCAAGGCCAAUCUCCUUGAAUAUUCCCUCAGUAUUUUCCCUUUCAUUCAGGACAAACAGGUGAUUCGGUUAUUUCAAGUUGAGGUCUCCCUCCACCAGAUCACAAUUUUAUAUCUAACCAUUAUUCCUAUGCUAUUUCAUGAUAUGAUUAUUUAUUUCUUUUACUUGGCCUUUAACUUUUGACUUGACAAGUCAUGCACAAAUUCCCAACAUGUUUGUUUACUACCCUACUACAGAGCUAACAGUCAUUUUAUGAGUGGCAGUGCCACUCUCUUAACGCUGAACUGAUCACAGUGGAUGGUUGAGGUUAGAGCUUCACCUCUUGGAAUACAGCUUUUUUUUUUCAGAUUUCAAUAAUGCAUGUGUCUGUCUUUCUUCUCAAUCCUGUACUAAAUUAUUAUUAUAUUCCUGCUCCAUGCCAGUCUCACUGUCAACAUUAUGAUUUUGCUAACAGUUCAGAAGUUCCUGAAGGACCUAUUUUGGCCAGGGGUGUCAUGUCAACUGUUGAUGCCAGCUCUAGUUGAACAAACUAUAUAUUGGACUGUAUACGGUUGACAUAGGAUAUUUGACAGUGUUGCAUAAUUCACGUUUGGUCAUAGACCCAUAUUUGUAAUAGCCUCUUUAUACUAGAGAAGGGCCUCUCGCUUUAGUUGUGUUAAGUUGGUUGUACUAAGAGUAGAAAAUAAUUUGACAUGAAUCAUUGUCAGCAUUCAGCAAUAUUACACAGAGCGUAAAGUGGAUUACUCUUCCACAGCAGUUUUUACUUUUCUAAGCUCUUUAGCCUCCUCUUAGUGUUAGACACUAUGGAAGGAGAUUGGCUUGGAGAGAGCAAAAGAGAUAAUGGUUUAAUGCUUUGAAACAAGAUUUUCAUUCUUUUUAAUGGCUUUGGAAUCAGAAGGAAGUGAUAAAAAAGUGAAACUUUUGUAGGUACAGUAACUAGUUCUGUCAUAUCAUAAAUCCCUAUUAUUCAUUACUUCUUUUGGAACUAAGAGUCCAUAGUCUUCACCAGAGCUCUCAAUAUGUAAUGAACACAUUUAAAAUCAUUAACUUCUUUAUACAAGAACAGAAUCCUUAAUAAUUACUCAGGACCAAACGUUGUUUUGUCAGACUUGUUAUUGCCCCUUAAAUCCAGUACAAAGGACUACAUGCAGUCACCGUGUUCUGAUUUGUCUUUGAAGGUCCCCCUCAUUGGCUUUGCCUGUCUUUGUUCAUGCUCAAAAGAAGCCUAGAGAAAAUCACUCCAAGAGUCUCUGGAGUCAGGAUAAUUGUGCCUCUUAUAUCAAGCUUUUAAGUCGUUUUCUCUCUCUUUGCGCAGAAGAGCACCACACUGCCACGUUUUCCCUCUGAUAUUUUCCGCUUGUUUGUUCUCUUCUCUGAAAUGUUCUCUGAACUGUGGUUUGACGGCGGGGUGAAAAACAUGGCAGGAUUGCCAGAGACAGGCUACAGGAUUGGAUAACCGCAAUUGUUUAGAACUAGAGGAGACAAUAAAUGGGCCCGUUUCUGUGCUUCUCCAACAUGCAGCCCAUGGGCUUUGAUAACCUCAUUAAGGCAUAAAUCUUUGUACUAAACUGUGAUGGAGAGACAAAAGUGAACUGAGUGAAGAAACAAGUGCAGGAGAGAGGGGUUAACUCUGAACGAACUCAUCAAAGUGAGUCAGAGAAUGUCGGUAUGAUGAUGAAACACAUUAAACACUCAGGAUCAGGAGGAGACAGUAAAUCAGGGCUAGAGAUGAUGCAGCAAGGGUGUAGGAGUACUUUGAGAGGAGAGAGAGAAACAGAGUACGCAAGCUGCUUUAACCUGAUAAUGACUGGAGCUUGAAUGAAUAAACAACAUGCCCAAUCUGUAAUAAUAUAAAGGAGGGGAAAUGCUACUUUAGAUGAUCAGAGAAUUUCAAUUGCUUUUGAUCACAGAUUUAGAUCCAAAUGUUUGUGGUUCAUUGGUACGGUUCAAAGGAAUAGUUCACCCCCAAAAUGAAAAUAGUCACCCUCUGGGUGGGUUUUGGUUAUUUUAUAUAUAUAUAUUUUUUUUUUUUUUUUUUUUUUUUUUUUUGUUACAUCAUUACAGGUCAAUAUGAAAAUGCAAUAAGAUUAUUUUAAAAUAUCACUUUUUUGUUAUUCCAUAGAAGAAAAUAAAUUAUUCGCAUUUUGGAAUGUAAAUAACGUCAGAAUUAUCAUUUUUCAGCUUUGCUCUGUCCACUUAGAAAUCGUGGGAAAUGUUUCAAAUACUCGUGGAAAUAUCAGAGGAGCUAACUAGGAUUUUCCCAGCGAUUCACACCAGGAGAUCACGCCAGUUAAUCCUGAGUUCUGUUAAAUCCAUCUCCACCACUCACUUCUCAAUUAACUUCAGACUCCAUCAGCUUGCUGUCUUUGUAAUCUUUCACUCAUUCCCUCUGUAGUCUCACUCUCCGUCCACAGGCCAACAUAUCAAGACAUCACUGGAGCAUCACUCCCAUAUUCAGACACUGCCGUCACUGCCGUCUGAAGAUGAGAGUGGUGCUCCAGUAACAUGUUUUGAAGAAGAACAGAGGACAUUUAAUGAAACAAUUAAGACUAAGACUUUAUUAUUUCUUGCAACAGCAAGUGUCCAUAAGCAGGGCUUACAGAGAAAAAGAGCAUGGCAUUUGUCUAGUUAUGUGAAAGGGACCCUCCAUUACUAGAAUCUGACAACAUUUUUAAUAUACUCUGUCGUUUAUCUGAUUAUUUUUAACAGUCAAUUUCAACACUCAAAUUACUCUUGCUGAACGUGAGGAUAAAAGGUAACCCAAGGGGCUUUUGCGUUUCAUCUUGUUUCGUUUUACUCCUCCAGUAUAAUAGUCUCCUCACAUGAUGUUGGCAUGCGGUUGGCGGGUCUGUCUAUGUGCUCUUGAGCAUCUCUGAGCCUUCACCUGUCCCAAAAUAUGGCUCAGGAACUUUUAUGACAAUUAUUAGCUUGCAUCUUCUUUUCUCCUCGUUUGAUUUAUCAGCCCUCCUUUCAAAAAUAUGAUUUCCUGUUCCAAAAAACAGGAGGUAAAUAGUAGACAAAUAACUAUAUUUGUGAAUUUCAAACUUUGUAAAAAAAAAAAACUGUUUUUUGUCACUAAAUUUCUAGUUGUAAUUGUUAUUAUUAUGUUUUGGGGUGGGAGGUUUCGGGUGAUCUACAUGUUGUAUAGCUUCUGACUGGGUCAAUACAGUGAUCCACGUUAUACAGAUCUGAUUCAAUCUGAGGCCAUGGAAAGUGGCGGAAAAAGAAACAAAGUGUUAUGUUUGCAUGAUUUCCUGUAUUUUUUAAAGAGAUGAAUUAUAUUGUGUAUAUUGAGUGGACAUAUGUUGCAAACAAAGCAAAAAUUAGGCACUGAAAUAUUGUAAGAACUUGCCAUAAUUUUGAGGGAUGAUACUGAGGUGUAUUUAUACCUUACAUGCUGAACUACUUCCAUUGCUGUCACCGAAAUACUUAUUACCGUUUUAAACCAAGAAAAAAGCGACCUGAAACAAUGCCAUGGGAAAGCUUCGUAUUCUGCCAUAAAAAAAGAAAAAAGAAAAGAAAAAAGGAUUUAUUGGACAGUCUUGUUUAGUGCCAAAAUAAGACGUUUAUCACUUAUGGUAAUUUCUGUGCAAUGAGCUGGGUCAAUGAAUCCUCUGCAGAACUCCAGAUCAAUAAGUGAGAGUAUACAGCACAUCUACUACAUUAACCUUGCAGGUGUCCCACAGCAGCUGGAGAAAAACAUUCUCCCGUGCACGGCUGCUCACUGGAUCAAUGAUAAAGUAAACAUCUGCAAAUGAAUGUUUCAGUGGUUCUGAGAAGCCAGUGGGUGGAAUAGUCCAUGGGCAGUGAAAGAGGGGUACUUGAAGAGGGGCCGGUCUGUUUGGGAGGCUGGAGUCUCUGGAGGCUGUAGAGGAUGUCGUUCUCUAUUUGGCCUGACUGAAUUGAAUAGGCCUGCAUUGAUUAUUUAAGGCUGAGAGGCCACAACGGCAUGUCUUGAGCCAAACCACAACAACAAACUAAUCAUGUCUGAACUCUUGCCAGUGGCCCUUCACUUCAUUCUCCUCUUAGAGCACUAUGCAUAUAUCAAUAAUAGACUAUAUAUAGCUUUUUAUUGGUUGAGAGUAAGAUUCAGAAAAAGGCAUACACAUUUGA